AUGUCUUACCAAGAGCAGCAGUGCAAGCAGCCCUGCCAGCCUCCUCCUCCUUGUCCUCCCCCAAAGUGCCCAGAGCCUUGUCCUCCCCCAAAGUGCCCUGAGCCUUGUCCUCCCCCAAAGUGCCCUGAGAUGUGCCCUCCUCAGCCAUGCCAGCAGAAAUGCCCUCCUGUCCAACCUCCUCCACCAUGCCAGCAGAAAUGUCCACCCAAAAACAAGUGA